AUGUGGCAAAUCUUUCUUUUAGUGAUAGCAGUGCUUUUGGCCUCUAAAGAGGUUCGGGCUGCUGUCUCCAAGUAUUACUACAAGUACAUCAGUGUAUCUAAUCCUGGGACUCCAGCACUGAGCAGGAAAGGGUCCUACUCUUCAGAUGAAGAGCUUCCUAAACCUACUCCACUUAUGAUUACCCCUGAACAGGUGAAGAACUAUGACGACAGGCCUUGGAGACCUUUCAGAUGGCCUUAUCACCAGACCAUGUCUAUUUUCAAGCUUGACAUCAACCACUGGUUGGAUAUGGAUAAGUACUACUGGCACUAUAGCGAAGAGAAGAAGAGGGUGUUUAUGAAGUACGGGAAACAGAACAUUGACUGGUUACCGGAAUCUGGAGAUGCUUGUUUGGAGCUUAUGGAGACGGUGCUGCAGCAUAUGAUAGAUCGGUAUCCAUUGCUAUUUACUGUGUUGAUAGAUAAGAAGACCAAGGGCAGAGUUGUCAAGAAUGAACUUACAAAUGAGAUUUUGGACAUGACUUUUCCUUUGAAGGAGCACCCUUUGGUUUAUGUGCUGAAAAUGGCCAAGGAGGAUUUCUAUGUGGUUAAGUAUAACCCAGAAGACGGAAUGCACCGUUUGGUAGCUGCCGCUGUGCCAUUUCCUGGUGGAUCAUUUGACAUUCUGACGAAAAUCGGGAACCAUCUUGAUGCUAUUCACGAAGAUGUACCUUACUACAAAGAAAAGCUCAAGAACUCCAUGGAAAGGUGGUUUAAGCGUCUUACGCCUAACCUGCCUGUGGAAAGAGCUUCAUGGUACAUGAGUUGGGACCAUAAACUCAAAAUGAGCAACGUUUACCAGCUUCCAGAGAUUGUUCCUGACUUGGAGGCUACUAUGAAGCUGACUGAACCAAGAUCGUUCAAUGUCAGAGUGGAAAGACAGACGUUAAGAAGACUACCAAAAUCGCAGGCGAUCAUCUUCACCAACCAUCCUGUUUUUUAUUCGCUAGACGAGAUGAAGGAUGAACCAAUGGUGCCUUCGCUUAUCAGGAAGAUCUUAUAUGAGGGACCAGGCGAUAUCAUCAAAUAUAAAAACUUUGACUUUUUCAGGGACCACAUUGCAGAGUAUUUGGAUAAGCUCAUCGAAGAGCAGGUCAAAAAAGGUUUAAUUGAGAAAGACCAGCCUAUUAAAACGCUUCCCACUUAUCCAUUUGCAUCUUGGGCUAAAACUGACUUUGACUAUGUGAACGGCUGGAGCAAUCCCAAGUUUGACGGACAAAAGCCAGAUUAUAGUAAAGAGGCCAAAAAGGAGCUCAUCUAUAGCAACGAUUAG